CUGUAACGGCGUCAUUUUAAAGGACGAUGGAUUUAAAGAUAAAGGCUAUUGAAUACUUUUCUAGCAAUAAUGUCCUGAAAGAAUUGGAGAUUGCGUUGCAAUUUUUAUUUCGUGAGAAUGCCGUGGAUUAUUUUGGAUACUUAAGCAAAUAUUUUGAACAGAUCUCACAGGUUCCAAAAUUUGUCAAGAUCAAUUUGAGUAGAGUUUUCUCUAACACUGGGAGGUUUUCAACCGGUUUAUCUGUAUCAGUUUUGUGGCGUACAAACACUGAGGUGAUUACUAGGGUGAAAUAUAUUUAUGGCUGCAGUCGCUGUUUAACUAUCACAAGAAUUCCAAGUGGAGCGAGCUCAUCGGAGUUUUUGGCUUACGUUGAGAAAGUUGAGGACAGGAUUAGAAAUUGUCACUGGUCACCUACUGAAAUGUUUGACGUUGACAAAUGCUUAAGGGACUUUUAUAUUGAACAUAAAAGGCAAAUACAAGAAGCAGAAAAUGCAGAGAUCAAUAAAGAAUUAGAGAAAACUAACGUGACAGAAGAUCUAGUCAAGUCUAAUUCACUAAAUAAUGCAAAAAAGAAAACAACUAAAGAAAGUAUACCAAUGACUCCAAAUCAAGCCAUUUCAUUGGCUCCAUUACUGGCAACAGAUUUUACAUGGUUAUCGAUUAGCUUACAUUUGACUGCAGCAAAAUGUUCACGGCCUGUUAUUGAUUUUCAGCAGUAUUUAAAAUUACUUUAUCAAGAGGUUAUUAAAUCCCUGAAUACAAACAACGAGUCUACCAUCCUGCCAUCAACCAGCCUUCAAACCAUACCAUGUCCAAUAAUAACAAUUCUCAAUUGUCCAGGACGUAUCGGAGCAUUACUACCAGGGAAGUGUAGAUUUCUACAAGAAAUCCUCCUAAUACCAAAACCGCAUACAAAACCAAAAGAAUUAUUAGAUAAUUUAUUUACAAUUAAAGGUAAAUUACAACAAAUAUUAAUGAAUAAAUCAAGCUUAUCACCACAGAUGAUAUGUGAAAAUGGCGCGUCAAGUGUAAAUAUUGAUAAACCUGAACAAGCUUUGGAUAUAAUUAUCGAUUGUUUAGAACAAUUACAGCUGACAGAAGAAUUUUAUCUUGGUUUAUAUAUAUCACCGAAAGGAAUUUAUGAUGUGGCAAAAGGACGAUAUGAGAUUAUUACAGGCAUGUUCAAAUCACCUGAAGAAAUGGUUGCCUUUUAUGUUGAUCUGCUGACAAGGUAUUCACAAAUACGUCUAUUGAUUGAUCCAUUGAGAGCAGAAGAUAAAGACUAUUGGGAGACAUUGAAAUCUCGUUUACCAUUUCCUGUGUUGAUUACUGCAAGUACAACUGUUCAACCGUCAGCUAAAGAUGUUCUUCCAAAUCGUUCAAGUUCUGUAGCUGCAAAAAGCUCCACAGUAACAACAACAACAACGGCAGCAGUAACAACGUGUGAAGCGCCUUCCACAUUCAGUAUUCCAACAGGUCCGACGAUAUAUGAUUUAAUACAACCAGAGGAAAACAGUAGCAAUGUUGAACAAACAGAUUCUAUACAACUAGAAGAUAAGAUCAGUGAUAGAGAAAUUCAAGAUACUUCAACUCAACCAAUCGAUAAACAAAAGUUGUACUUCUCUGCUUGGUUAUUUACAUUUGACACAUGUUUAGAUUGUGUUUUCAUUACGGAGAUAAUUCAAGCAAUUUAUAAAUUACAUCAACAAAAUCAGCAGGUUAUUUUGAGUUUGGAUAAUUUUUAUGCGCCUGAAGAUUGGCCAGUUGAUAUGGCUAUUGCUUUAGGUAUAAACUUUAUCAAAUUCAAUGGAUUGAAUUGUUCAGAUAAAGUUGACAGGCUAAUCACUUGGUAUGAAUACUAUGAAAAUACGAUCAAUGAAAUCGAUUCAAAUGAUGAAAAUCAAUGGAGACUAUAUAAUCCAGGUUUAUUUGACAAUACAUAAGAUGGAAAGUGAUAUUUUGACUAGUGGAUUUCUAGUAGAGAUAGUAACCACCUUUCUAAUGCAAUUGUAUACAUUUCUCUACUAGUAUAUAUACUAUAUAUAGCAACUAAAUCAUGUUAUUCUACCGAG